GUUGUGGACAAACGUCACUUUGGACUCAGUGAAACAGUGAUCAACACUUUUCACCAUUUUCUGACAUUUUAUGGACGAAACAACUGAUCAAUGAAUCCAUGAAAUAAUCAACAGGUAGAUGAUGAGAAUAAUAGUUAGUAGCAGCUCUAGUGAUAUUGUUAUUAUGAGAAGCAGACAUGAAUACCAAACUUUAAAAGUUACAAUAAACCAGACUGUAGAGAUCUGAACGCAGCCUCGCGUUGGUUUCUGAAGAGCGGUUUUGGUUGGUUGGUUGGCGUCUCCAGCCGUCGCCAUCUUGGCAGCGCUUGACUCCGUCGGACUCCCAGCGAAUCCAAAAUGAGCAAAGAGGCGGAGCCGAGGCGGCCGAACGCAGCCCGGUCGCUGAAACAAGCCGCCUAGCGGCGAACGACCUCAAAGCAGCAACGACCUUCAUGUUUCAUAACUUAACAAAUUAAUAAAAUUUAAAUGGGUGAAUUGUCAUGAACGAGGAAAUGAGCUCAGAGACCAAAACCUUUUUAUUACCAGACUGUAAACAUGUUUGUUCUGUUUAUUCUGGAGGUUCUCGCUGUUGGAGCCUCCAGUGGUCAUUUGAGGAACUGCAGUUCUUCCACAUCGGCUUCAUCUUCAUCCCCGGAGGUUCCUGCUGUUCUGCUGAUCAGCAAACUGGACACAGUCUGCUUUCCAGAAAGAAAAAUAUAAUAGCAGUGAUGGAAAUGAACUAAAUACUUUAAUAUUCCCAUUUCAUGUCACUUUAACCUUCUCCUGCACUUCCUUUCAGAGGGAAAUAUUCCAAAAUAAAAUGAUGAUAAAACGUGAAAGAAGCACAAGAUGUUAUAUAUUAAAUAGAAAAUAAAAAUAAGCUAAAAUAAAACCAAUAGAACAGAAGAAUAUAAGUUACAGUAGAGUACGAAUCAAAAGCCUCAGAAUAGAUUCAUAAAACAGAAAAGUCUUCUGUUCAGUUCUGUGGAGGAUAAACUGAACGCUGCUCCUGCAGGUGAUGAUUUCCAGUUAUCAAUCACAGACGGAGCUCUUUACCUCCAUCACUGACUCUGACUGUCCUGCCAGUAAGACUUUAAAUAGCAGCUGUAUUACUCUCGCAGGGUCACACAGAUAUUAGGAUUAAAAACUCAAACUCGGCUCCUUGUUUGUCUUCUUCCAACAGUAAAACUAUUGUGUGGUCGACCUUCAUGUCUGUCCGUCACCAUGGAGACGUUCUGUAUUCAUCAACACUUCAGCAGUUAAACCCUGUGUAUCCUAGUGCAUCACACUUUAUCACUAAUGGCAGAGUUCAUACUCAUCAUUGUUCUCUGCAUCAGAAGCCUCCAAACGACCCACAUCUUACUCUCAGGUGUCUCUCGGCGGAGGUCUGGAUGCUUCAUGACGUUGAUGCUUUAAAGACCAACAACAGUGUUUUAAAAUCAGCUGCAGAGAUGUGAUCCAGUCUGUGGAGCCCCCCGGUGGCAGCAGCUGGAACCUGCAACGCUUUAACACCCACCAGAGUCUAAAGAUCAGGACCCAGACCUCCAGCUGAGGGCCGGAGCUCCACCGUCAGCUCAGGAGAGUCCAGCUGAGGGCCGGAGCUCCACCGUCAGCUCAGGAGGGUCCAGCUGAGGGCCGGAGCUCCACCGUCAGCUCAGGAGGGUCCAGCUGAGGGCCGGAGCUCCACCGUCAGCUCAGGAGGGUCCAGCUGAGGGCCGGAGCUCCACCGUCAGCUCAGGAGGGUCCAGCUGAGGGCCGGAGCUCCACCGUCAGCUCAGGAGAGUCCAGCUGAGGGCCGGAGCUCCACCGUCAGCUCAGGAGGGUCCAGCUGACAUCCACAACACAAAAAUAUUCACUUUAUAACCACACAGGAGAACAAAAGCAGCUAAAUCUGAAACGUGAGAAACUAAAACUACAUUUCUUAAAUGAUAAAUAGAUUUCGAGCUAAAACUAACAAGUAUUUAGUAUCAUUUGGUGAAUAAAACAGGAUCCUGGAGACACGAUGACGUCUGCACAUUCAGUCAAAGACACAAAAUAUGUGAUGAACUAAAGAAAACCUUAAUAAAACGAUUCAAUUAUUAAAAUAGUUGCUGAUUAAUUUGACUAAUCAAUUAUUGAACUAUUGGUUGCCGCUCUAUAUUGAUUAUCAGGAUGAUUGCUGAUUCAUUUUUUAUUAAUUAAUUAAUUGAUUGAUUGAUAAACCUUUUCAGCUUUAAAUAGAUGCUCAACUUCUUGUCCCAAAGACAGAUUAUUGACAUAUUUACUGUGUUUUAAUAACAUUUAGUAAUAAUAAUAUGUCUUAUUAAACACAUUUCUAGAUGUUCGGCUGCUGUUAAUACAACCUGUGAGUCUGCAUUCAUGAAUAUUUAACUGUUCAAAUAAUAUAAUUCAUAUAUACAAAACAAAACAGAAGCUUUUUAUUAUUGUGGCUGCUGAUAAAAGAGAUCUGCUAUAAAUAACAGUUUAUAUCAAUAAGGUCAAAGGUCGCGGUGAAGAGAGAGAGCGGAUCAGUUAUUGUUAAUAAAGAUCAUAAAUAGAAUAAUAACAAUAUGAAGAAGAAAUAUAUCAGAUGAUCUUAAAAUAAGUUGAGUUUGUUUCCUGGAAAGUCGACAUGUUGCAGCUUCGUGGUAACAAACUGACCUCACAGCCGCCAUGUUUGGAGGAUAAUCUGCCCUAAUCUGAGUUAAUCUGUCCCCUCCCCCCCCCCCUCCGCUCUCUGCUGGCUCAGCUCGGCUCCCUGCAGUCUGUUGCGACCUGCGGUGAUGAAGGCUGCGGCUCCGGGUGGGUUCCUGGUGCUGCCGUGGCCCGCCAGCGGCGGCGGCGGCGGCGGCGGGUCGGACCCGGAGGUGGAGGCGGCGGAGGGCCGGGGAGGCCUGCUGCUGAGGUGCGGAGCGCUGCUGGGAGUCACUCUGAUCUGUGUGGCAGUGUUGAGGAAGUGGAUCGCAGGUGGAGUGUGUCGCUGUUCGGUGCGUCUGGACGGGAAGACGGUUCUGAUCACCGGCGCAAACACCGGCAUCGGCAGAGAGACCAGCAGAGACCUGGCGCGCAGAGGAGCCCGGGUGGUGAUGGCGUGCAGGGAUCUGACCCGGGCAGAGCAGGCAGCCGAGGAGAUUCGGCGCUCGACAGGAAACGGGAACGUGGUGAUCCGACACCUGGACCUCGCCUCGCUGUACUCCGUCAGACAGUUCGCCAAAGACUUCCUGGAUAGUGAAGACCGACUGGACAUCCUGAUCAACAACGCAGGGGUGAUGAUGUGUCCAAAAUGGCUGACAGAGGAUGGUUUUGAGACUCAGCUGGCUGUCAAUCAUCUGGGUCACUUCCUGCUGACCAACCUGCUGCUGCCGAAGCUGAAGAGCUCCGCCCCCAGCCGUGUGGUCACCGUGUCAUCCAUCGCCCACCGGGGAGGUCGCAUCGACUUUGACGACCUUUUCUUCAGCCGACGUCCGUACAGCUCGCUGGAGAGCUACAGGCAGAGCAAACUGGCCAACGUCCUGUUCGCCAGAGAGCUCGCACGCCGCCUGCGAGAUUCUGGCGUGACGUCGUUCUGUCUCCACCCGGGUGUGAUCCGGACCGAGCUGGGUCGUCACGUGCACGGCUGGUUCCCCCUGCUGGGGGCGCUGCUGAGCCUCCCCUCCUUCCUGCUCAUGAAGACUCCCUGGCAGGGCAGCCAGACCACCGUGUACUGCGCCGUGACGCCCGGCCUGGAGGGACGCUCCGGACGCUACUUCAGCGACUGUGCAGAGAAGGAAACCGCUCCAGAGGGGCGGGACGACGUGGUGGCGAGGAAGCUGUGGGAGGAGAGUGCACGAUUGGUUGGAUUAAAGGACUCGUGUUGACCUCUGACCUUGGCCCUGAUGUCUGCGUGCAGCAAGGAAACAGGAAGUGAAGGAUCCACAGACUGCAGCGCCCCGUCAGGUCAGACAGAGGAGGGGACGACAGCGAACAUCAGUGACUGACAGCUGACAGGAACCAAUCAGAGGCAUUCCUGAGUUUAUGGUUGGAGCAAUAACAGUAAUAUUGAUAGUAAUAAUCAAUAUCUCAUCGACUUAGUGCAGUUUAGAGGAACAUGGAUGUCAGGAUUAGUUUGGUGUCCCAUAAUUCUUAAUUGAUUAAUUAUUAUGAGAUAAAAAGUCAUGGUUUUAACAUGUUUUUGAGGAUUUUUGUCCAUUUAUCUCCGUAAAAACAAAAUGUAUUAAACAACUUUGGAAAUAUUUCUGUUGUUAUUUAAGGAGAAUAUAAACUCAUGGUGACUUUUUAUAGGCUUGGGCAAGUUUUUACAGAUGACCUUUGACCUGCAGUGAUGUCACAGAUGUGUGUUAAAAGGACAAAUAAAGUUUGGACUGAAUGUUU